AUGACCUUCACCUUCACAGCCCUGCUCUGUCUGGGGAGCCUACCUAAGCCUAAUCUCACAGUUCAGCCAGACUCUGUGGUCUACAAUCAAACUACAGUAACCUUCUUCUGUGAGGGGACCAGAGUAGCCAAACAGUACAUACUCUAUAAAGGGAGAUACCAGUAUCUACGGAGCACAGAGAAUCCACAGAAGCCUAAAAACAAGGCAGAAUUCUCAAUCCCAAAAAUAGACCCCAAUCAAGCAGGGCAAUAUAAAUGUCGAUAUCAGAUUCAUGAUGGAUGGUCAGAGUUCAGUGACUCCCUGGAGCUGGUGGUGACAGGAGCACACAGUAAACCCAGCCUGUCAGCCCUGCCCAGUCCUGUGGUGACUGAGGGAGGACAUGUAACCCUCCAGUGUGUCUCAAAACAACAAUACCACAGGUUCAUUCUGACUGGGAAAGGAACACGGACUAUCUCGCAAAUGCUGGAUUCAGAGUAUAUCUUCUCUACUCAGCACUACCAGGCCCUGUACUCUGUGGGCCCUGUGACCUCCAGCCAAAGGUGGACAUUCAGAUGCUAUAGCAAUGACCAGAGAAGCCCACUGGUGUGGUCAGAACCCAGCAACCCACUGGAGCUCCUCUUCUCAGGGACCCUCCACAAACCCACCAUCAAGGCUGAGCCAGGCUCUGUGGUCACCUCAGGGAGUGCUGUGUCCAUCUGGUGUCAGAGGAGCCUGGAUGCAGAAAUAUGUUUUCUGCAUAAAGAGGGAAGCAAAAAACACUUAGGCACACGGUCCCCAGAGAAGCGUGAGAACAAGUCCAAGUUCUCCAUCCCUUCUGUGACAAAGCAACAUGGAGGACAAUAUCGCUGUUACUGUUACAGCUCAGCUGGCUGGUCAGAGCGCAGUGACAACCUGGAACUGGUGGUGACAGGAAUCUACCACAACAAACCCAUCCUGACAGCCCUGCCCAGCCCUGUGGUGACUUUAGGAGAGAACAUGACUCUCAACUGUGUCUCUAAGAAGGGAUAUGACAAGUUCACUCUCACCAAGAAAGAUCAGAAGUUCCUCAGCUCUCAGAACUCACAGUUUAUACCCAGUAUCACGCAGUGGCAAGCAUUUUUCUCUAUAGAUCAUGUAACACCAGACCACAGAGGGACAUUCAGAUGUUAUGGUUACUACAACCAAACUCCACAUUUGUGGUCAGUACCCAGUGAACCCCUGGAAAUAUACAUCUCAGGUCUGUCCAAGAAGCCAUCCUUGCUGACUCACCAAGGCCAGAUCCUGGACCCUGGGAAGGGCCUCACCCUGCAGUGUUGUUCUGACAUCAACUAUGACAGAUUUGCUCUGUACAAGUUAGGGGAAGCUGACUUCACCCAGAAUGGGGGCCAGUGGACCCAGAGUGGCCUCUCCUUGGCCAACUUCACACUGGGUCCUGUGAGAAGCUCUACUGGAGGCCAAUACAGAUGCUAUGGUGCACACAACCUCUCCUCUGAGUGGUCAGCCUCCAGUGACCCCCUGGAUAUCCUGAUCACAGGACAGCUUCCCUUCAGUCCUUCCCUCUCAGUGAAGCCUAACUCCACAGUACAAUCUGGAGACAACGUGACUCUGAUGUGUCAGUCAACAUACAAAGUGGACACUUUCAUUCUGUCCAAGGAGGGAGCAGCCCACCAACCCCAGAGACUAAAAUCAAAGUCUGAAGCUUGGGACUUCCAGGCAGAAUUCUCCAUGAGUGCUGUGACCUCUGACCUCUCGGGCACCUACAGGUGCUAUGGAUCUCAAGACUCAUCUCCCUACCUGCUGACACAAGCCAGUGGCCCUGUGGAGCUCACUGUCUCAGAACCAAUUGGAGCCCCCAGCCCAACACCCUCAAAGUCCAUGCCAACGGCUGGACUGGAAGGGUACCUGAAGGCUCUGGCCGGAGUCUCUAUGGGCUUCCUCCUGUUCCUCUUCAUCCUCAUCUUCCUCCUUCUCCGACGAAGGCAUCAGGGAAAAUUAAGGAAGGAUGCCCAGAAAGAUACAGAAUUGCAAAUUCCUACAGGAGCUGCAGAGCCUGUAACCAGAGACAGAGGCUCCCAGAAGAGAUCCAAUCCAGCUGCUGCCACCCAGGAAGAAAGCCUUUACACUUCAGUGAAGGACACUCAGCCUGAGGAUCGUGCCAACCUGGACAGUUGGAGACCAGCUGAGGAAGACCCCCAGGGAGAGACAUAUGCCCAGGUGAAAGGCUCCAGGGUCAGGAGGGCAGGGGCUGUCCUUCCUUCUGUCAUGUCAGGAGAAGUCCUGGACACCAAAGAUGGACAAGCAGAAGAUGACAGAGAGAUGGACAGUCAGGCUGCUGAAUCUGAGGAGCCCCAGGAUGUGACCUAUGUUCAAUUGUGCAUCAGGUCACUCAGACAGGGGACAGCUGCAUCUCCUCCCUCCCAGGCAGGGGAGGCCCCAGAGGAGUCCACUGUAUAUGCUGCUCUGGCAGUCACUCAACCAGGUUCUGAUCCCAGUAACAAGGAGCAAUGACCCUCUGCCUGCUAGGAGACCUAACAGAGACCUCUAAGGGGUUCUGUGAACUUUUGGGAACACAACUGCAUUUUAACUAACAUCAUACAUUUUGGAAAUAAAGCAGAUUUCUCAAUAAACAUGUGAAAUGAGAAACU